GUUACCAUCAAUGGCAGAAGCGCUGGAAAAAGUGUGUGCAAUCAGAAGGGAACUACUUUGAAGGAGACGACACUAAACUUGACUAAAACGGAGGAACCAUGCUGCAAGUGGUCACGUUUUCGCUGCUGGCGGUGGUGAGCACGUCAUCAGCAGCUAAGAUCUUAGUGAUCGCACCGUCACCGUCCUACAGCCACCAGGAGCCAUUCCACAUCCUGACAAAGGCUCUCCUGCAGAGGGGCCACCGAGUCACCCUCAUGACGACAGACUCCAUGAAGAUAUCUCAUGAGAACUACACCGAGAUUGACUUGUCAAUAGCUUAUAGAUACGUAAGAGGCCACUAUGAUUUUCUGAAGGUAUACGAAGAAACACCGACACGGUCGAUGGCAAUGAGGCUGGACAUUUCCGCUAACUGCGCUGAGAUGCAGUUAAAUGAGACUUCGGUACAGAGGUUCAUCAGAUCUGGCGAAACGUACGACCUUGCGAUUCUGGAGGGCUUCAUAUACAUGUGUUAUUAUGGACUCAUACACAAAAUGGGCUCGCCCCCUGUCGUGAAGCUUCUGACGAUGACUGCUCCCUCGUCCGUCUACUACAACUUCGGAAGCCCCAAGAACCCUGCCUACAUGCCGGAUAUGUGGCUCGGGUACUCAGACCGUAUGAAUUUCUGGCAGCGGCUGUACAACACGUACUUCUAUUUAAGGCUGAUGCACAUGUGGUUCUGUCAGGCGAUGCCAGUUCAAGAAGCACUUAUGAGGAAACACUUUGGUCCAGACCCUCCGUCUGUGUACGAAGCGGACCGGAACGUCAGUCUCCUCAUAACCACCAACCACUUCGUCAUGGAAUAUCCUCGCCCGCACCUGCCCAACAUCAUCGAGAUCACGGGAAUCCACGUUGCCACAGAACAGAAGCCUCUGCCAAAGACUAUGGCGAAUCGAGUCUGGGAGCAUAAAGAGACGGACAUCAAGCAGUUUCUGGAUGGAGCAGAACACGGCGUCAUCUACUUCAGCCUAGGAACCAAUGUCCGCAGCAAUGCGAUGUCAGACUGGAAGCGACAGGCAUUCAUUGAAGCGUUCCGGGAGCUGCCCCAGAGGGUCCUCUGGAAGUGGGAGAACGACUCCCUUCCCGGCCGGCCUGAGAACGUCAUGGUCAGCAAGUGGCUGCCACAGCAGGGCGUACUAGCUCAUCCAAACGUGCGACUCUUCAUCACGCAAGGUGGCCUGCAGAGUCUGAAUGAAGCCACGUACCACGACGUGCCGCUGCUGGUCAUCCCGUUCUUCUGCGACCAGGCGCACAACGCCGCUAAGAUACAACAGAGUGGGGCUGGCGUCCGGCUAGAGUACAGAGACAUCACCAAGGACGACUUGCUGAGGAACAUACGGACCGUCCUCCACGACUCCAAGUACAGGGAGAGCAUGAGAACUUUGUCGUCGAUAUUCCGUGAGCACCAGGUGGACUCUUUGGAUCGCGCCGUGUGGUGGCUGGAGUACGUGAUACGUCACAAGGGGGCCCCUCACUUGCGCAGUGCUGCCCUCGACCUGCACUGGUGGCAGCGGCUGCUGCUCGAUGUCGUCGCCUUCCUACUUCUGGUUGCCGCCAUUGCAAUCUAUCUUUUGUGCAUAUCUGUUCGCAGACUUGUCCAGUUUCUCUCAGGAUUUAAAGUGAGGGUAAAAACUGAGUAGUUAUUCAGCUGUAGAGUCACUGAAGAACUAUAAGUGUGGCAUUGCAUCAGAGUUUGUAUCUGAAAAUAUCUUUGAUGUAAAAAUCUGACAAUACAUUCCUGCAAGCGAGUAUGGAAGAUAAUUUCAAGAUCUAUUUUAUUACGUCAGAGUAGACGCAAAGCAUAUUUGUGAGACAGUGAAACAGUUGAGAAGCUCAAACAUAAAAAUAAUACUCUGAUUUGUAUCAUGUGACAGAUAGCAUAAAUGCUAUGGGAAAUUUCCUGCAACUAAUACUGACGGAAAAAAUCGGAUCACAAAAAAAUAAUUAACAUAGAGUAAUGAAAAUUCACGUUAUCUCAAAGAUAACUAAUUCUCACGACCGUUACAGCGUGUAUUUAAAACAAAUCUGAUUUGCAUCCUCAUAGGGGGCGACGUGCAUGAAAUGUGAGUAGACAUCAUCUUUCAGUUGUAGUAACACGCCUAGCAGCUUUUCUUUCCGUCAUACAACUCCUUGGUGCUUCGAUUUUUCCCCGUUAGUAUAUUAAGAACGCUGUUACUGUUUGAAACUCAUUUACGGUAUUGAAAAUAGCAGUGAAAACAUUGUAAGAGUUCUGCUAUGAUGGAAUAUUAAUUUUUUCAUCACUUUUUUUAUAAUUUAACAG